AUGUACCGGGACCCCCUCAGCGGAGCUGCGUCGUGAUGAGUGUCCGCGGGCAGAGCAGCAGCCCGGUGCCGCGUCACAUCCCCUCUAUCUGACCGAGUCCUGCACGCGGCGCUGCGCGGUGUGAUCCGGAGCUUUGGCACACACACCGAGCCUCUCUCUGGAGCUUUCUUUGCUCCGACACAUCCCUCCGAGGCUUCUCCCUCCGUCCUCCUGGGGAUUUGAAACUUGAGCGACUUUUCCGCCGCAGGCAGAGAACAAAAGGCGGACGCACGGAGAGUGUUGGAGCGGUGAAUGUAGCGGCGGGCUGCGGUCAGUCUGCGGGGCGCACAGCGGUGCCGCGGAGAAGAGACGCACCAAGUCCCGUCCAACACCCCCGACCCUCCCCCCCCCGGAGUCCCGGAUACCGCGAACAUGCUUCUCCUCGGGAUUGCAAUCUUCCUCUCAGGUGUGCUGCCAUCCUCAGCAACCAUCUUCCCCUUCCCUCCCUCCCCGACUGACUGCGUUGAGGCUCACAAAGUGUGCUCAGCUGAGCCCCAGUGUGAGGCGUUGUACCGGGGCUUGGAGCUGUGUGCAGCCGAGGCCGCGGUGUCCCCUCUGGGAGAGCAGGUGGCUGCAGAGUGUCUGGAGGGACAGGACGCUCUGCUGGCCAAACACCCAGCUCUCCUGGCCUGCAAGUGCCAGCGCGGAUUCCGCAAGGAGGAGCAGUGUCUGCACAUCUACUGGAGGGUCCGUCUGAUGCCAGGUGAGGAUGAGUUGGAAAUAUCUCCCUAUGACGACACAAUGAUGGAUUCUCACAUGGCCUCCUUAGUGGCAGCCUCUUCCUACAUGCAGCUGGACGGUGAGAACCAGUGCCUGAAGGCAGCACAGGACUGCGGCCUGUAUGAGAAGUGUGGCGCCCUGCGGUCAGAGUACGUCCUGGCCUGCACCAAGCGGGUCUCCAUGACCAGCCGCUGCAACCAGCACAAGUGCCACCGGGCCCUGAGGCGCUUCCUGGAGCGGGUCCCUGAGGAGUACAGCCUGGGGGUCCUGUUCUGCCCCUGCACCAACACCCUGUGUGGGGAGAGGAGGAGGAAGACCAUCGUGCCCUCCUGCUCCUACCAGGACCCUGAGGGGGUGCAGCCCAACUGCCUGCACCAGCAGAGCUUCUGCCGCCGGGACGACCUCUGCAGGUCCAGACUGGCUGAUUUCCUCAAUAACUGCCAGCCGUCUCCUCUGACGGCCAGCGGCUGUCUCAAAGACUCAGCGGGACUGUGCCUCCGAGCCUACGCCGGACUCAUCGGCACCGUCAUGACUCCCAACUACCUCAGCAACAGCUCUGCAGACGUGUCUCUGUGGUGUAACUGUGAGGGCAGCGGCAACCAGUGGCAGGACUGUCUGAGGCUGCAGCGCAUGUUCACACACAACCCCUGCCUGCGUAACUCUAUCAGUUGGAUGGGGAGCCCGGGCUCCCUGCCGGCAGACUUCACCCCCCUUCCCGCUCCCCGGCCCUCCCCACUGGUUCAGGAGGAUGAGCUGCUGAGCAACAACCACCUGCCCGAACACAACAACAUCGUGGUGGACAGUGAGGAAGAUCCCCUGACACAGAUAGAAGAGGAGGGCGAAGAAGGUGGCCAGUUUGAUGUGAUCCCGCCGUACUCAGAGAGGGCCACUGUCUCCAACCUGGGCUCCGGGGGCACGGGCGGGGUGGCCCCCCUCACCGCCCCCCCCAACGCUGUGCUACUGCUCCUCCUGCUCCUCUCCACCUCCCUCAGCUGGGGGUAGGACCGGGGAUACAGAGAACACACACACACAAACACACACACACACACACACACACACACACACACACACACACACACACACACACACACGUACAUGCACACGCUCACAUAUGAUGGACCUUGCAACAAUCCUGGACUGAUGGCUAUAAAAUGAUAGGAGACAUAGUGAAGACAUGGACUUCUCAUUUUGUCAGUAGCAUCCUCUUGAUUCCUCACUUCUGUUCUCUUUUGUUCUUUUGAAACUUGCACUUUGUUCAACGUGGUGUGACUGCAGCUGCCGUGGUGUAUUGAAGUCCUGUGAGCACAAGAGACCUAUCUGUGGUUGGUGUGCACAUGCUGCCAUCAACCAAUAAGCAUAAUGUAAAAAAAUAUGUUCAUUUGAGUGGCUUGCUCGGUUGUUAGCACAAAAACCUUAGCAGGCCAAGGUGUGUUAGCAAAAGAAAAUAUUGAGGGCAGCUGAAUAGAAAACGUCAGCCUCCUAACUUUAGUCAUCAGUAGUGAAAAUACAUUUCUGACAACAUAGAUGUCUAUUUACAGAAAAAAACAAGUGUCCACAAACUCUUUCCAACAAUGACUGCAAUGGCUGGCAUACAACAUAACCCAAUCCAACAUAUAAAAUACAGAAUAUUUAAAUUAAGCCUGCACAGUUAACGUCAGCUUAACCUUAUCAAGAGGCUACACAUAUUUACCAAGAACCUAGCUAUGCUACCUUUCCAUUUAUCUGUUGGCCUACAGUGUUAGCAGAGGAGCAACGUUAGCCAUAUGAGAAGAAGGUGUGAACAGUCAAUACAACGGCUUCUCCGGUUCUUUCCAUUCUGCACUUCACUGUAAUACUGUACCAUGCUAAUGAAUUGCAUUAGGCUGCAAGCAUGUUGCGAACCACUGUUAGCAUUUUGGGCUGUUAGCGUCACACAAACACUGCUUCUAUGAUGUUUCUUACUGUUUGAGUCUUUCAUUUCAUUUCACUGUUGAUUUAUUGAUUUCAUUCAUCAAUUCAAUGUAACUGCUUAUUUUACCUGACUCAGUUCAGAUAAUGACGAUCCCAAGCUAACUAGCUACAACUUUAUCAACUUUGCCGGCAACAUUAUUAAACUGCUGGAUGUAUAGAAACAUACUCCAAACCCUUAUAAUUGGCUUACUAAAAUGUUGUAACAAAUAAAGAAAAUAUCAAAAGCUUGGUACAUUUUA